AUGGGAGGAGUUGUUCUUGAGACUCUGAGCAACAGAAAACUGUCCAUUUUGGCAGUUUCUCUGCUUCUGCUUCUGUUUGUUUUCUUCUUGAUUGGUGGACUUGUAGCCCCUGCUCCUUCAAGUGUUAUGAACAUGUUAACGACUAAAUGUUAUGAUAAACAUGUUUAUGCACAUGAAAAGAAAUGGUAUAUUCCACGUGGCUUACAUGCCUGUGAUCAGAUAGAUGAUUUGAGCAAUCCAGUGGUUAAUGAUAAACGCAUUGAAGCCAGUAUGGUGGUGUUUUCCUUAUGGCUGCCCUAUCCUAGAGAAAAUAAACAACUGAAUAUGUCGCGAUGGUUUCAGAAUAUGCUGACUGUCAUACAGAUGGAUAUCGAACACCAUGAUAACAAUCCUCUCAGUAAGUAUACCAAUGCUACAAUGAGAAUGGAGGUGAGACUGGGUUAUAGAAAUCAACAGGAUAAUGAAUCAGAUUGGAAGGAAUUAAUCUCGACACAUGAAGAUAGACCAUUACGCUGUGACACAGAUCGGGUAAAAGAUGAUUACUAUAGAUGUGAAUUGUUGUCAUUUUUUGAAUUAGGAAGUGUUCAUUAUGAUUAUUACCUUAUCAAUAUAAGACUUCCUGUUUAUCAAUCUAAAGAUGUUAAUUUAGGCCUGGGAACAAUUAAAGAUAUUCACAUUAUUACAAUAUUUCAAAAUGGAGGAUUUACCAAAGUUUGGUUUUCACUGAAGACCACGAUGUUUCCUGUUAUUAUUGCUGUUCUGGUGUGGUUCUGGAGAAGAGUUAAGCUACUCAGUAGACAACCAAACUUAUUGGAAAGGACCUUGUUAACUCUAGGUAUUGUGUUGUCUAUCAUGAAUUGUCCCCUAGAAUGGUUCACCCUCUGGUUUAAUCUACCUUGGAUGAGUAUACUAUCAGAUAUAAGACAAGGUGCUUUCUAUGCCACUCUUCUCUCAUUCUGGAUGAUAUUUGCUGGUGAACACAUUAUGGUAGUACCAAAGAAUAACCUGAGAAGUUAUUGGAAACAUCUAACAUCAGUUGUAUUUGGUUGUGUUUGUAUGUUUGUAUUUGAAAUGUGUGAAAAAGGGAUGCAGUUGGCAAAUCCAUUCUACACUAUCUGGGUGUCAGAAACUGGUACUCAGCUUGCACUGGCUUUUAUUAUCCUAGCUGGUAUAGCUGCCUGUACCUACUUUCUGUUUCUAUCCUAUAUGAUAUACAGAGUCUUCAAAAACAUCAGUGCUAAAAAAACGGCUCUGCCUCAGAUGAGUAACUUAAGGAAGAACUUCUACUUGGGCCUGAUUUUCAGGUUCAAGUUUUUGAUGGUGUUAACUCUACUGUGUGCUGCAUUGACUGUUAUAUUCUUCAUCAUCAGUCAAGUCAGUGAGGGUCAGUGGAAGUGGGGAGAUGAUGGAAUCAGUUUGGAAUAUUCUAGUGCUUUCCUGACAGGUAGUGUUUAUGGUAUGUGGAAUGUGUAUGUUAUUGGAUUGUUGAGUUUAUAUGCUCCCUCACAUAAACAAUACACUCAGACCAAUGAUACAAGUGAUGGAAGCCAAGAAGAAGAGGUCCAACUGACGCAAAUACCCACAGAAACAUCGGCCAUGACCUCAUUUAUUAGUAAAGAGGCUCAGGAAUAG